AUGCAGCCCAUCGGUGCCAUUCUGCUGUCCUUCGCCGCCCUCGCGGCCGCGGCUCCUUUGGAAGCCCGCGCUACUGACAGUGCUGCCACCGAUAACAGCGGCCCUUUCCAGGUCUAUGGCUACGGCGAAGGAAUAGGCGGCCUGUUCAUGUUCUCUACAGGAGGUAGUAAGGCUGGUUUAGGAACUUUCUGUCUCAAAGGGAAUCAUCAAUGUUCUCUUGGGGACUUUGCCAUCAUUCCCUUCCUACUAAUAUUACAAACCUACCUAGGUGACGUCUACUUUGGUGACUACACCAAGUUGAACGACUCCAACGCCGCUCCGGUGCUCUUCACCCUCACCGAUACUGACACCUGGAUCGGAGCCCCCAACACCACGGCCACCGCGACCGAUCCCAACUGGUCCAACCUCACCUUCUCCAUUCCCGCCCAGGGCUCCUCGGACCACGAUGUCGGCUUCCUCAACUCCAACACGACCUCCUCGGGCCGACAGACCAGUGGCUUCCUCUUCUAUGGCUCCUUCAUCUUCGUCAAGGGCGCCACCGGCAGCUUGCAGUCCCUGUGGUAUGCUGCCCCCAGCUCCAUCGACGGCAUCUUCUCCCUCAAGUGGAACGUCACCGACAACGCCGCCGGCCGCAAAAACGACGACACGGUCGUCCUCACCCUCAAGAAGACCGCGCCUUCCAAUGCCGCCGACGUCGACCCCGCAUCCGCUUAA